AACGAAGGAGGAAAAGUCAAACAGCAAGAAUAAGAGUAGCGAGUUUUCCAGCAGCAGGACGGGCGCGAUUCGGGCAGGCUAAAUUUGUGCAAAAUCACCACCGACGACCAGCAGGGAAUUCAUCAAUGAAAUUGACGCGGCUGUAAUCGGUGAAGUGUGUUGCGCUAAUUGAAUAGUUUCCGUGAAAACCGCGCGACCAACUGCCCUGGAAAUCUGGACCGACGACGGCCGCCCUAGUGGAAAAUUGGUGUUCUCUGGUGAAAAGUGAAGUGAGACUCCCAUCUUUUUUUCCUCCCUGGUGCUGUGGUUUUUAUCCAGUUUUGUUAAUCCGAGUACGUCAAGUGCUACAAAGGGAAGAUUAAAGAGAAACAUCUGUUUGUUUAGUGAAAUCUCUAACAUAAAUAUAGUGAGACGUUAGAUCUCUGGAUCGUACCUAUCCAUAGCCGCUUAUUCCGGAACGCAAGAGCAAAGCGUGUAGCGAAAAGGCUGAUAAAUAAAUAAGAUCACCUAAUAUAAACAAGUGUGAAAACCGUCGUGUGGCGAUCGGCACCGCAGAAGCAGAUCCACAGCCAAUGCAUUGUACGUACCAAUAAACAGAUAAGAACGGUCCAAAAGAAAUUUUUUAUUACGAAUAUAGAUCCUCUCCAAUGAGUUGUUAGUUUUCGUAAUCGAAUAAAUUCCACACAAGACUAGGCCAUCCUUAUAGUGCUAACCAGUGACUAAGGCUACUUUGAAAUUUGGAUUCGGAACAAGUGAAGUGAGUUAAGAAAAAACCGGAAACACCACCAUGGGAUGUGCAUCGUCGGCUGAGGAGCGCGAGGCAAUCGCUCGAUCGAAACAAAUCGAGCGAAAUUUAAAGGAGGAUGGAAUUCAGGCAGCUAAGGAUAUCAAACUGCUUCUGCUGGGAGCUGGUGAAUCAGGAAAAAGCACAAUCGUAAAACAGAUGAAAAUUAUUCACGAAAGUGGCUUCACGUCAGAGGAUUUCAAACAGUAUCGGCCAGUAGUAUAUAGCAACACAAUCCAAUCGUUAGUGGCAAUACUGCGGGCGAUGCCCAACCUCAGUAUUGCGUUCGGAAAUAAUGAGCGAGAGUGUGAUGCGAAAAUGGUGUUCGACGUGGUGCAACGGAUGCACGAUACAGAGCCCUUCUCGGAAGAUUUACUAUUAGCGAUGAAAAGACUGUGGUCGGAUUCCGGGGUGCAGGAAUGUUUUUGCCGAAGCAACGAGUACCAGCUAAACGAUUCUGCUAAAUAUUUCCUAGACGAUCUAGAUCGAUUGGGUGCGAAAGAUUAUCAGCCAACUGAGCAAGAUAUUCUGCGGACACGAGUUAAAACCACCGGCAUUGUGGAAGUGCAUUUCUCCUUCAAAAACCUUAACUUCAAACUAUUCGAUGUCGGUGGGCAACGAUCGGAAAGAAAGAAAUGGAUUCACUGCUUCGAAGACGUCACCGCCAUCAUCUUCUGCGUUGCCAUGUCGGAGUACGAUCAAGUGUUACACGAAGAUGAAACCACGAACCGUAUGCAAGAAUCGCUGAAACUGUUCGACUCUAUCUGCAACAACAAAUGGUUCACCGAUACCUCGAUCAUUCUAUUCCUGAACAAGAAGGAUCUGUUCGAAGAGAAAAUUCGGAAAAGUCCUCUUACGAUCUGCUUCCCCGAGUAUACCGGUGGACAAGAAUACGGCGAAGCGGCGGCGUACAUCCAGGCGCAGUUCGAGGCGAAGAACAAGUCCACCUCGAAGGAGAUCUACUGUCACAUGACCUGUGCCACGGAUACCAACAACAUCCAGUUUGUGUUCGACGCCGUUACCGAUGUUAUCAUAGCCAAUAAUCUGAGGGGAUGCGGUCUGUACUAAGGGGUCCUUACCAAACGGACCAAUGGUUUUGAGCGAACCUCUUGUUUUUGUUUAUUUGUUUUUUUGUACUAUUAUGUAUUGAUUGGAUGAAGGGCCUGAGGUAUAGGCAGUAUUUAUUACAAAUUUGACUAUAAAUAUUACAAAGUAUAUAGAAAUACAACAAACAAGAGGAAAAGUUUAUAUUAGGAGGGAGUUAGGAAACCGAAAAAUGUUUGAGUGGUCUCAUUACAGAGGGCAAAGAGAUGAGCUUGAGUGUCUUGAGUAUGGUAGGACACAGAUGAGAUUACUAGCGGAGCGAGUGGCAAAUGCCACAUUAUGGUAGAAGAGAAGCAUGGUAUGGAUAUCAGUGUUCAUGAAAAAGUACAUAUUUUAGUAUCUUUUCGAUUAAUUACAAUCAAGCACACAGCAUACACAUUCAAACGUGCAUGCCCCAAAUUUCAACGGGAAGGAGCAAACAUGUAUUUUUACUACUGCAAAUUGUAGCAUGGGAUGGCGACUAACCGUUUAACCCUGUUUAUUUGGAGCACAAAGGGCUCAAAAAGUAGCAUAAAGAAACACACACACACAAACAUGAAUCACUUGAGCGCUCAUUAUAAUUAAAGUUAUAUAACAUAUUAAACUUAUACGCAGAAGAAGCAAAUCGUACUCAUACAAGAACCAAUUUUCUCGUACAAGCAUUCGCAUAAAUCAGAUCUAUAUUUGUAUUUUGAUACGUCUUUAUCUAAAAAAAAGUUUAUUUAUUUUGUACAUUUAACCUACCCAAGCACAUGACGAGUUAUGGAUCUACAAUUCUAUUAAUAUUUAUUUUAGCGUGUAACUUAAAAGCCAUGAUCGUUCGGUUUAAAGCACAACGUGUUGUAACGCUUUCGAUGGUAGUCCUACUAGACAACAAACAAGAAAUAGCAGAAAAUCAGGCGAACGGGAUUUGAUCAAAGCAAACCGCGGAGGCACAAACGCAAUCGAAUCGCAGUAUGCCAUGCCAUAUAUUUUUUUUCGUUCUUUUAAUGAUUCUGCAAGCGUUGCAAUAUUAUUCGUUAUGAUAGUGUAAAUAGCUUUAUAAUUUAUAGAUCAAAGAAAUAGCCAUCGAAAUAUCCAAAGAUAGGCAAGUGAGUGUGGAGGGAACAAACACUUCUAUCACACAAAUUUAUUUAUUAGGUUUAAUCACAACAUGGUCAUUUCGCUCAUGCUUUCAUGCUUCUGAGAAAAUACUUGGUGAUUUAAGCAUUAACGUUCAACCAAUCAUGGUUUAUUAUAUGCACGUCUUUACUAAUUAAUUAAUUUAUGUAUACAUACAUUCCUAAGUAUGGUUUCUCAUUAAUUUAAAAAAGAAAGUUGCCUCUUAUUUGUCCUAAUAUUAUCGUCAACUCAAGAACACCAGAGCGAAAAAUUCAAAAUCGCAGUGACAAUUUAACCAACAACUCUACUUCAAACCACAAGCGACCAUAAAGAGCAAGUAUUAUACUUUGUACAUUCCUCGGACGCCUUCCGGCUAAAGGAAUUCGAUGAACAUCCACCAGAACUCCAAGACGAGACAGACGUCAGCAGUGUAGUAGCAGUUGUGGAAACUUUUGACACGCUUUUGAUUCAAUGUCAUGACUGUCAUGAGCAUUGUCGUAUGAUGUUGGGGAUUGUAUUUCUCAUCCAGAGGAAUAGGCAUGGGAUCCGAUAGGUGAAGGGUAUGUUUUUAUUUUAUUGAAACAGGGGCAAAAAUCAGUAAAUCAGUCAAAGCACAUCGAAUGAAAAAAUAAUUGUCUCUUUUUAACGAUCAUGUUUUUCACGGCUAGAUUCUCACGCACAUUUAAACACCCUCAAGUGUGAAUCGAUCCACUUAUCUUCACUGGUAAGAGCUAUUCACAAGUGUGAGAAAUGCUGAAGUUAUGGUAAAUUCCAAAAUUUUCUCCGAAAACCGAAAUUUGCCUAGUGAAUAAAACUAAACGUGAACAUUAUCUUUAUGCUGCACAAUUUUUACACUAAGUAUCAUAAGGUCGUAACUGCAUUAAUCGAUUUCUCUUCGUUGAUGUUAGUUUCUUGUCAAUGGAGCGAAUUGCACUGCCGAUGAUUUCAUGAUUCGGUGUGAUAGAGGAUGAUUAUACCUUGCACCAGAGGCAACACUCACGGCAGUAGCUUUUGGUCAAGCUGAGCUAUUACCGAGACAUAAAAUCGAUGAAGAAAAAUCGAUCAAUGUAGUUUCGCCUAUGGUUAGAUAUCUUGAGGUGGAGUUAGAGAUUAUUUAAUGUGUAACCGCCGUUGGAACAGCUGACACAGAAGGACAGUAGUGGCGUUCUGACGAAGCUUUCUCCUUUCGUUCUUUCUAAGGAUUUUACAAACGAAUUCGUCAUAUUAUCCGUUCAACCUAGCUGCUUUGUUGAUUCCCUUUUCGCCGCUUCAAAUUCCAUUGGUAUUUAACAACCGGUGUGCAAUCAAGUGAAGUUUUUAUGCACAAAAAAAUGGUUUGGUACCUACUUAUAUUUAGUGUGUUGUCCUCUUUUCUAUUUAUUAAGAGGUCUAGAAAAGGAGUUAUUCAUUCAUGCUUUUCCUCAACAGUGAACUUGAUUGUUUUGUGAUUAAAAUGCAACAAAUCAAGUGUCUGUGGUGUCUGUUGUAGGUAGCGCUCUUUCAAUAUUGCGAAGAUGUCAUCCACAUAACGUCUUCAGAUUUUUGGGAGAUUUUUCUAUUUCAAAAUCGCUCAUGAACGCAUCAGCUAAAAGUGUUGUUUGUUUCUGCCACAACUCCUUUUUCGUUUAUAAGAACAAUAAGUGUUGUGUGCAGUCUCACGAGUAGAAUCAUAAGUACUGGAAUGCUAGUGGCGCUGUAGUCAUUUAAAUUAUUUUGUCAAAUUAUGCUUCAACAAGCUUCAAGCUUCAGCUUGUUUGGUUUCAUCUCCAACAUCGGUUUGACAGUUGUAGUACCGGUACUUUGGCUGCCAGGUCGAAGUAACCUAGAUGUUAGUCACGCGAACAGGAACGACAUUAGCAAUCUUAUAGGGCACUGCACGGAUUGCUUUGUCUCUUUCUCGCUGCAAAGAAAUUAGAAAACAACAAGGCUACUAAACAUCAAAAUUUAUGAGGAACGAAAAAGAAAGAGAUGUUUCCGUGCAGUGCCCUAUACUUUUGAAUCAACUGUCUCACGUCGCAUUUUAUGUGUGAUACAGUUCUUACGUCAAAUAUCGAAAAAUGAGUUAUUGCUAAUAACUUUUUCCAAAAGUUAUUUGGAAUUCGAAAAAUCUGUUAAACAUGUAACCACUGUAACGCUUAAAGAGUACUAUAAUUUUGUCUAACAGAGCAUUGUUUUAAUUACAAAGUGUGGGACCGGACGUAAGAGCGAAAUUACAAAAUGUCAUGAAGUUAAUGUAAUUUGACUUUAUUUUGGUGCCCAAGCCGUCGAUUUCAGAUUUAUACAAGAUAAAGGUCCAAAAUUUCAGAUUACUUUUCAAAAAAAGUUAUUGGUAAAUCUCAUGACACAGAAAUAUUAUUUCCCAAAACUGUUAAGAAUCAAUUGCCAUGAAACUCUACACACUUCCAGAUGUUUAAUUUUUCACCGGAGCCUUCCUUAGCCGUGCGGUAAGAUGCGCGUCGACAAAGCAAGCCCAUGCUGAAAGUGGCUGAUUUCGAUUCCCGGUCCACUCUAGGAAAUUUUGCAGGUUGGAAACUUUCUCGACUUCUCUGAGAAUAAAAGUAUUAUCGUGUUAAGCUCAUGAUAUACGAAUGCAAAAAUGGUAAUUUGACAAUGCCCCAGUCAGUGGGGGAUGUAAUGCCAAUAACAAUCUUUCCCCAUUAUCACGGUAUACAGAAUCAAGGUAGGCUCGUAAAGAAAAUGACAGUUCAAAAGUAACGUGAUUGCUAUCGCAGUAUGAACGAGUGCAAAAGAAGGCCAAACUCAAUCGUAGAGCGUUGGCUUGCUUUGUCCCUAGUAGCGAUAGCAGUGACGUCAAUUGUUUACAGUGAAACUUUAUGUUUACGUACAUGACGAUAAUGCCUUGUUUUUGUAUGCCGUGCCCAUUUUAGAAAAUGUGCUCCAGCAAGUGGAUCUUUAAUUGGGACAAGUUGACGCCCCUUUAAUUGUGUGUGUAACAAUUUUCAUUACUUAAAGCUCAACCUGCCCUAACUACAUCGCUGCACCUUAGCUUUCAUGAAUCCAUAAUACAGUUUAGAAAAAUGAGACCAUCACCUAAGCUAACAUAAUUAGCAUUAAACUGAAGUAAAACGAAUCAUGACAUCAUUUGUGCCAAUUUUGUAGGGAAAAUGUUAUGGAUUGAACUAGAUUUUGUACGCUAUUACUUAGGCGCAUGUUCCACUCAUCGUUUUUUAGUCAAGUCAAGUCAACCUAGCGAUAUGGCAACACGUAGAGGAAUCCGACCUCGAGUUAGUUUCGGUUUGGCUUACUCACACCCAGUCGAGUAUUCAGUACAGACCCCCAAUGUAAAACAAUCCGCGAUGAAACGACCAAAACAAUAUUUAGGAAAACCAGAAUAAUAACUACGUCGUACAAAUGAGAACAUGUGUUAAAAAUCAAUCAUAAGAUGUAAUCUCUAUUUUUUCUAAACUGUUGCAUUGCGUUGAUAGAAUUUGUACGUAACUUAUCCAGCUUUAAUUAUAAUUAUUGGUUUCAACUAAUUUUGACAAUCGCUCCAGUUGUUGUUGGUUCUACUCUAUCGCAUCGUAGUUACAAAUUUUUACAUCUUAAUCCAAUUAUUUCAAUAAGCCGUACAGCUUUUUCUUGAGCGCUAAUGGUUACGAGAUUGUUCAUCAAAUCGAGCAUACACUGUACUUAAUGACAUCUGUAACAUACCAAACCUUGAAGGCUAAUCACAGGACUAACAAAAGUUCUUCAAAACGUUAGAUCACAGAUUGAGUGAUUAUUCUCCCUCUUUUUCUUUUAGUGCAGGAAUCAGGUGAAGAUUAAAAGAAACUCAACUAGACAUAAGUUGUCUAAAGUAACGUGCAUUGUAUGCUCACGUUUUGAAUUUACUCGGGUGCCAAUAUCAAGCAUGGUUUUCUACAUUAAGAAAAACUAGCUAAGCUAAAUCACAGUUCUUUCUCAAAUUUCUCAAGUUCAUCACCUAUAACACUGUAUAAAAGCUAUCACAAUUCCAAAAUUGAACUCUAGUCAUUGCAGCUACCAAAACUUUACUUGCGGCAAACAAAAGGCAAUGACGCAACCAAAAACAGUUAGAUUUAGUUGAAUCUUAACAAAGGCAGAUUCAUGUAAUUUAUUAACCAAAGUCAUUAAAGCACAAAAUUAAUACUUAUGCGUUACAGUUAUCAUUUACGAUUUUCGUAAACAACAACACUGUUCACUAAAUUUUGAUCUACUAUCUUAGAGAGAAACCCAAAGAUGGUAGUUUUGCGCAUUUAGCUAAAUAAUAAAAAAAAAAUCCAUUCAAAGCAUAAUUUCCAACAAAAAAAUGCUGCUAUUAUAAUAAAAAUAAAACAAAAAUACAAGUUAGUAUAUAUUUGACAAAAUAUAUCCGCUUACAGAACAUUAUUAGUAUAUUUUUUGAACAACAACAAAACCUAAGUAGUAAAAACGAGAAAGUAAAGGAUAGUUUUAGUAGCAUAAGUAAGCAAGUCAUUACAAAAAAUUACAACACUAUUAAGCGAUUGAAUGAAAACUAUAGAAUAGUGCUGUAAAGUAAAUUACAGAGACAGAACUUCAAACCUCCAACAACAACAAAACUUAUAUCAAACAACAUCAUCUCCAAAUCAAAGAGAUAAACAAUAAGACGAUUCAAAUGCGGCAAAAACUAUCCAAUAAUUAAAAUCAGGCCCUAAAACACUGAAUCCGUUGGAUCUAAAUUAUCCAGAACGGGAUGCAGGAAGAAAAUCCUAGUUAAGAUGCAAAUAAGAAGAUCAUAAAGAACAGCCAAUGUUGAAUCGUGAAACCAAGUUGUCGAUGCACUAUUUAAAACAAAGAAAGAAAAAUGAGAUAGAUAAGAAUACGUUUAGUGAACAAAGCAAAAUUAAAAAAAAAGUAGACUUAACUCGAAACCAAAUUUAAAAUAAACAAAACACUUAGUCAUAAAAUCAAACCAAUAAAUGAACAAAAAUCAAUCUCAUGAAAGCGGUUGAGCAUCAGCAAGAAAAAUAAGCAACAGAACUAGACAUUCAUCACCAUUGAAUAAUUAUGGAAAUAUAUAUCGCAGAUAACAAGUCGGAAGCAGUACAUCAUAUACAAGCAGUUAUUUUCUAUUAUUAUUUUUCGGGAAAGUAAAAUAAUACUAACGAAGAAACACAAACAAAAACAGCAGGCAAACAAACAGUGGUGAAUCGAUCAUAAGCUAUUCAUUGCUACUGAAAAAUAGUAAACUAAUGCUAAUCGGUAAGAGUAAAUAGUUCUGGUUAAAACCCAGUGGAACGGAAUCAAGUAAACCAACACACAACCAAAAAAAAAACCCUACUUGAAACAUCACUCUGUACGAAUGGAAAGCAAGUCAGAAAACACAAAAGUGAACAAAAAAACUACACUUUGAUAAGAAGGAAACAAAAACGGUAAAAUAUAUAUUUAACUUAAUGUGUAUGUAAUUUUAUGUGUGAUGUAAAAAAUCGGAACAAAUAAAUGCGUUUUAGCCACUAAAGUCAUAAAACUAA